GUUCUCGACAAAUCAAUCUUACUUAUCACAUAUAUUGAUCAGUAAGUCUAAUUGAUAUCAAGAUGAAUGAAGCGGAUCUUCAAUUGUUUUGACUCUUUAAAAGGGCAGCUGCAUGUAUCAACCGCGGCACACGAAAGGGAGUAACAAAAUGGAGAGGUCACUUUUGAUUUUACUCGUCUGCUGUGUCGGGGUCAACCUCGCUUUGAACUCAUGGGAACUUCCGCAGACUAACUUACUUUCGUUUGUGAACGUUGAGUUAGACAUGGAAUGGAUGAGUUUCAAGAAGUCAUAUAACAAGACAUAUGCUGAUGCAAAUGAAGAAGUUAGAAGGCGCUUAUAUUGGGAGGAUACCAUGCAGUUUAUCCGAGAGCACAAUCUGAAAUACGACAGCGGGGAAUCUACGUACAUGCUCGGGGAAAAUGAUUUUGCCGACAUGGCGGAAGACGAGUUUGAGAAAAUCUACCUAACAGGCCUUAUUGUACCAGAAGAAGAGGAAGAAUACCCAGAAGCCCUCACUGAACCGGAUCCGGAAGCCCCCCUUGAGAUGGACUGGAGGCCGAAAGGUCUUGUUUCAUCCGUUAAGAACCAGGGCCGGUGUGGAUCAUGCUGGGCAUUCUCGGCACUGGGAUCGUUGGAGGGACAACACAAGAAAAAGAAGGGAGGAAGUAUCAAGGAUUUAUCAGAACAGAACUUGGUAGACUGUGCAAAUUCUAGAUGGGGUAAUUACGGAUGCCGAGGUGGAUGGAUGAAUAACGCCUUCAAAUACAUCAGCUCAAACCGAGGCAUCAACAGUGAAAGCUGCUAUCCGUACGUCGGAAGGGAUCAGUAUUGCCGAUAUCGCAGCAGCUGUGUAGCUGCGACAGACAAAGGAUCACAAAAUGUUGGCAAGUCAGAACACUCCCUCCAGAGUACACUUGCAUCUGUGGGACCUAUCGCAAUCGCUAUGGAUGUCAACCAUCGAUCAUUCUGGUAUUACAAGAAAGGGAUACACUAUGAGCCAAGAUGUAAUCCCAGCAGACCUAACCAUGCCAUGUUGACUGUAGGUUAUGGUGGCAGUGGAAGUAGGGGCUACUGGAUUAUCAAAAACAGCUGGGGCACCGGAUGGGGUGACCGGGGUUACGUGUUCACAGCACGAGGCAGGGGAGAUAAUUGUGGUGUUGCUAGAUGGGCAAGUUAUCCUAUUGUCUAAACUGAACAGUGUCUGGAAUAACAACUUCAGUAUCAGUUGCACAGGGUCUGGAAUAACAACUUCAGUACAAUAUGAACAGGGUCUGGAAUAAGUACUGAUCUACAUGCAUUAAUUAGUUUCCUGGCAAACUUUACUAAAUUUUUUCUUCCAUUUUCUAAUUAUUGGUAAAAAUCUUUAUUAAAAAGUAAGAUAAUAAAAAUUCAUUGUAACAUGCUCAAUGACAUCCAAAAGGUAUAAAUUUUGUUUAAUACCAUUGAAAAAUAAAAUGAAAAUUUGUUUUACAAUAAGGCGUAAAAAAAAUGUUUGUUUCCGGUAACAUUCUCAAAAAAGUUAGGGUAGGUAGGUAAUUUUUAGGUAAUUAAGUGGGACGUUUCGGAAAUUAUUUUUGUGUCAAAAAAAUGAAUACAAAUAAGUAGGUUCUGCCUUUAGAGCAGCAAUAAAUUGAUUUCUAACAUCUCUGACCAUGUUUAAAGCAUAAAAAGUGCAGUUUUAAAACAAAAAGUUGAAAAAAAAUUCUCCAAGGCCGUAAUACAUUUAUGGUAGGUCAGGAUACUGGAAACAAUUUUUUUUUCCGCCUCAAUGUCAAAUUCUCUUUCUCUGAAGAACACCAGAUUUUACAUUUUUGCCAGACUGCAUCUGAUUUUCACUCCGAUGGAUAAUGGAUCUUGCAUUGAAACAAAGAACUAUGCUCUUCACAUAUCAUUUAUGUAUGUAUUUAUUCUACUAUAAAAAUGUUUAUGAUUUCCUUUUAUGAAUAAAAGGACUGAGACAGAAGUAUC